CAAACAGCGGUGUGAUGGCUACCUGCAGUGGGCGAGUAGGAUGACAAGUAAAGACAGCCUCCAGCAAAUGACUCCAUCCAGGCAUGUUGCAGCAGGGGGACAUUUCCAACAAGCGAUACCGCUCGCUCUGGUCGGUGGAUUUGAUCAAGAGUCACGAAGCUUUGUUGAAUGCAGCCAGGAGAGAUGCUGCAAUCUUGCUUAAGUCAAUUGGAAACGCGUCCAAGCAAUGGAUCAGCAGACCCUCCAAUAUCCUGCUGCUGUACUACCGCUGGAAAUGGGCUGAUGCUCUUAACGAUAUCGUCAAUCUGUACCGAAGAUGGAAUGGUACAGAAUCUGCAGAAGCCACCAAUAGCAUCUCCACACUUCGACGAAACUGGAGCGGAAAAGUAUACGAGCUCCAUCGAAAAGGUGUUACUGAUAUUGAACUGAAUUCUAUUGAGCAGCAACAUGUGAAGUUUAUCUCUGAAUUCAUAUAUUUACAAAAAAAAAAUCUACGACAUGCAGCAGUCACCACUGAGGAAUUGAUACAUAUGCAUAACAAAGAAAGUCGGACUGUUGGGAGCUGCAUUUCCAAAUCCAAUGCUGAGUCCUUAUUCUGCGUAUUUCCAGAAUCACUGGUCUGUUUGGAAAUGUUCUGCAAAGAUGUUUUGGAGGUCUCUGAGGAACUAUACAAGAACUCUGUCUAUGUGCUGGAAUCAAAUGCACCAGUUCUGCCUGAUCCUGACCAGGAAUGGUGGAAAAUAAAUCUUCCAGAUUGGAUACAGUAUGUCAGUAGGGUGUUGCCUGCAUUAGACGACACAAUUAUCAGUAUUCGGAAUAUAACACAUCAAUUUCUAGAAUAUUUUAAAACAACCUCUAUUGCUUGUAGCCUGAAGAGCCAUCCAGAUGUGGGGUACUACAUCAGCGACUACGGUUUCAAAGAGGCGUACAUGAAAAAAGUGUGGCGCCUGUAAUAGAUGUGCAGAAAGUUAUAUAAAUAGGAUAAAUAAUUUGUGCAAGAGCGUGAGAUAAGGUUGGAAGUAAUUAAAAUGGGGAAAGAGAAAUAAAAAACAGGUCAGCCCUUUUUUCUUUGAUCUCAUCCCAAAACAGGAUCGAGGGAAGAGUGUGGAAGAGAAUUAAUGUAUCAUCUUGGAAAUUGAUACAACACAAUUAGUGGAGCUGAACUUUUAUUAGUUGCCCUUCAAAUUAAGUUAAAAUACCAGGGUCCAUAUUUUCAAAUGAUCAAAUGUAUCAAGUUAGUUGUUAAAUCCGUUAACUUGUCUUAAUUUAUCAAGUUAGUUAUUAAAUCCAUUAACUUGUCUGACACAAACUUUCGACAAAUUGAAUAAUUUAACUUUAUGUUUGUUCAUUUUUUAAAAAUUGUAGCUGUCUGCCUAGAACAUGAUUCAUUAAUAAUUCCGAUUUCCUUUAUUCAAAUGCUGUUUUGGAUUUGGAUGUGUAAUUACAGCUUCUACAGGACAUCUAAAAUGACAAGAUAAUUCUGGUUAUCAGAUUGAAGGCUUAGAAGACAGAUUUUACCUUAUGGUCAAUGAUUCCCCGUUCAACCAUAUGUCAUGACUGUACUACCAGUGACAUAUCAAAAUCUAGUUGAAGGUUGUUCAAAAUAUAUGUGUCAGAGGAUAUGUAGCUUGUGUCACUCAUGCUCAUCAAAAAUUAUCUAUAAAUGAUUGCAUAAUACUAGUACUCACUGACAACUUACAUACUCACCAAAUUCAUGAUGGUUUUACAAAAUUGAAUGUAGGAUGAUUUUCUUCCACUGUAAUUCUGUGAAAUACCUUAUGGAAUAAUUGUAUGUGAUUCUUAUGUACAAAGAAACUGUCAAGUGGAGCUAUUGUGCAUAUAUUGUUGCCUCAAAGUAAAACACAAAGUUAGAUGUUGAUUCAUUAAAUACUUGUGU